AUGGCGGAUGGAGCAUCUUGCUGUGAGCAAUUGAAGGGAAAGGAGAGGCACAAAUACAGUGGAAACCUACUCACAGUACACGUUUGACUAUGCACAAGGCAGUUUUAUAAUGUAUGGCUGCAGUGCUGAUUGCACAUGCAUUGUUAGUUAUUUGCUUUGAGAAAGUGGCUAAGGUUGACUUCUAGCUGAUAUGACGACCUAGUAGAUUGUGAGCGCUGGCUAGUACUGUAGCUAACCAACAAUAAUACUCAUUUGGAAUUUAAGUUUGAUGAAAUGCGAAGCUUGUCGGGAACAGCAAGCUACCUAGCAAACGGCAGCUAGAUGCGUGGUAGCCAGCGAUCGCAUUAGUUAACAUGAAGUAGCUAGCCGGUUAGAUAUUUAGAUAGAAUCUGUGGAAUGUAGAAAUCGGGUCAUUAAAAGCAUCGUCGUAUUUAAAUACCCCGAAACCGCAGAAGUCGGUGGAGAAAGUGCGAAUUCCGCAGGAUAUCGGUGCGCGUAUGGGAAUGUCAAGAUGAAUAGGAAGAAGGACAAGGGAUUUGAAAGCCCUCGACCGUACAAAUUAACCCAUCAGGUGGUCUGCAUCAACAACAUAAACUUUCAGAGAAAAUCUGUGAUUGGAUAUGUGGAGUUGACUAUUUUCCCGACGGUUGUGAACCUAAAUCGCAUCAAGCUCAACAGCAAGCAAUGCAGAAUAUACAGGGUUCGAGUGAACGACCUGGAGGCCCCCUUCAUUUACAAUGACCCAACCCUAGAAGUCUGCCACCAUGAGUCCAAACAGAGGAACCUGAACUACUUUUCCAGCGCCUACACUGCAGCGGUGAGUGCCGUGGACCCAGACUCCGGGAACGGAGAGCUGUGCAUCAAAGUUCCAUCAGAGCUAUGGAAGCAAGGAGACGAAAUGAAGGUACUAAAGGUAUACAUCGAGUUCUCACUGGACCAGCCCAAAGGAGGCCUCCACUUCGUGGUGCCUGAUGAGGAGGGCAGCAUGGCGGAGAGAGGGGCCCACGUCUUUUCAUUUGGAUACCAGAACUCCACACGGUUCUGGUUCCCCUGUGUGGACUCAUACUCGGAGCUGUGCACCUGGAAGCUGGAGUUCACAGUGGAUGCCGCUAUGGUGGCCGUGUCCUGUGGCGACCUGGUGGAGACCGUCUACACGCAUGACAUGCGGAAGAAGACCUUCCACUACGUGCUGCCUAUCCCCACUGCGGCCCCCAACAUCUCCCUGGCUGUGGGGCCCUUUGAGAUCCUGGUGGACCCCUACAUGCACGAGGUCACACACUUCUGUUUGCCUCAGCUCCUGCCCUUGCUGAAGCACUCCAUGUCCUACCUCCAUGAGAUCUUUGAGUUCUACGAGGAGAUCCUUACCUGCCGCUACCCGUACUCCUGCUUCAAGACCGUGUUUGUGGACGAGGCCUAUGUGCAGGUGUCCUCCUACGCCUCCAUGAGCAUUUUCAGCACAAAUCUCCUGCACAGUGCCAUGAUUAUAGACCAGACUCCCCUGACUCGACGCUGCUUAGCUCAAGCCUUGGCCCAGCAGUUUUUUGGCUGCUUCAUAUCCCGAAUGUCCUGGUCAGAUGAGUGGGUGCUGAAGGGGAUAUCGGGGUACAUUUAUGGCCUGUACCUGAAGAAGACGUUUGGCGUGAACGAGUACCGCCACUGGAUCAAAGAGGAACUGGACAAGAUAGUCGAGUAUGAGCUGAAGACAGGGGGUGUUCUGCUACAUCCCACCUUCUGUGGCGGCAAAGAGAAGGACAACCCCACCCCCCAUCUACACUUCUCCAUCAAGCACCCCCACACGCUCUCCUGGGAGUACUACAAGAUGUUCCAGUGCAAGGCUCACCUGGUCAUGAGGCUGAUUGAGAACAGGAUCAGCAUGGAGUUCAUGUUACAGGUGUUCAACAAGCUGCUAAGCCUGGCCAGCACAGCCUCCUCUCAGAAGUACCAGUCCCACAUGUGGAGCCAGAUGCUGGUGUCCACCUCCGGCUUUCUCAAGUCCAUCUCCAACGUGUCGGGCAAGGACAUCGGGCCUCUGAUCAAGCAGUGGGUAGACCAGAGCGGGGUGGUCAAGUUUUUUGGCAGCUUUGCAUUCAACAGGAAACGAAAUGUCCUAGAGCUGGAAAUCCGACAGGAUUACACAUCGUCCGGGACUCAGAAAUACGUGGGCCCCAUUAAAGUUACAGUCCAGGAGCUUGAUGGAUCCUUCAACCACACUUUACAGAUUGAGGAGAACAGCCUCAAGCAUGACAUCCCAUGUCACUCAAAGAGCAGACGAAACAAGAAGAAGAAGAUCCCCUUGAUGAACGGAGAGGAGGUGGACAUGGACCUCUCCGCCAUGGAUGCUGACUCCCCACUGCUGUGGAUCCGGAUUGACCCAGACAUGUCCAUCCUGCGGAAGGUGGAGUUCGAGCAGGCGGACUUCAUGUGGCAGUACCAGCUGCGCUAUGAGAGGGACGUGGUGGCCCAGGAGGAGGCCAUUUCUGCCCUGGAGAAAUUCCCCACGCCCGCCUCACGCCUGGCUCUCACCGACAUUCUGGAGCAGGAGCAGUGCUUCUACAAAGUGCGCAUGCAGGCCUGCUUCUGUCUGGCUAAGAUUGCAAACUCCAUGGUGAGCACUUGGACGGGGCCCCCUGCCAUGAAGUCCCUGUUCACCCGCAUGUUCUGCUGCAAGAGCUGCCCCAACAUCGUCAAGACCAACAACUUCAUCAACUUCCAGAGCUACUUCCUGCAGAAGACCAUGCCUGUUGCUAUGGCCUUGCUUCGUGAUGUGCAGAACCUGUGCCCCAAAGAGGUCCUGAACUUCAUCCUGGACCUCAUCAAGUACAAUGACAACAGGAAGAACAAGUUCUCAGACAAUUACUACCGCGCUGAGCUGAUCGACGCGCUCACCAACUCGCUGACCCCAGCCAUUAACAUCAGCAACGAGGUGCGCACAGUGGACAACCUGAGCGCCGAUGUGCGGCUCAUCCUGGAGGAGAUUACGCGCUUCCUCAACAUGGAGAAGCUGCUGCCCAGCUACAGGAACACCAUCACCGUCAGUUGUUUGAGGGCCAUUCGCAUGCUUCAGAAGAAUGGCCACAUCCCCAGCGACCCAUCGCUGUUCAAGUCCUACGCAGAAUACGGCCACUUCGUGGACGUGCGCAUCGCCGCACUGGAGGCCGUGGUGGACUACACACGAGUUGACAGGAGUUCCGGAGAGCUGCAGUGGCUCCUCAACAUGGUCCAGAACGACCCAGCGCACUACAUCAGACACAAGAUCCUAAGCAUGCUGAGCAAGAAUCCGCCUUUCACCAAAGCCGCCGAGUCAUCCCUCUGCAAUGAAGCUUUGGUGGACCAGCUGUGGAAGCUGAUGAAUUCAGGCACAUCCCAUGACUGGCGGCUGCGGUGCGACGCAGUCAACCUGUACUACACGCUGUUUGGCCUGACACGGCCUUCCUGCCUGCCGCUGCCCGAGCUGGGCCUGGUGCUCAACCUCAAGGAGAAGAAGGCCGUGCUCAACCCCACCAUCAAGCCCGAGAUGGCAGGCUCUGGGGCCACGGAGCCGGGUGCCGGCACAAACUUCCAUGCCCCAGCUGCCGCCUUCCCCAGCAGCAUGGAGGAGGAGCACAUGGCCAUGGAACCGCCUACAAGUGCUGCAGCUCUGCCCCCACAGGGCCUGAAGAGGAAGGCAGAGACGCCCCUGGGGUCACCACCAGAGCCGGGACAGUUCAAUCCCCAAGAGGAGGAGGAUAUCGACAUGGACACUGUGCAUGACAGCCAGGCCUUCAUAUAUCAUCACCUCAACAUGCUAGAGAGGCCGUCCACACCAGGUAAAGAGCCACCAUCCAUGGAGCAGGCCAUUCUGUCCAUGCCGGCCACGCCCCUCCCAGUAUUCAGCAAAGAGACCAAUUCCUCCUCGAAGCACAGCGAGCACCACCACCACCACCACCACCAUCACGAGCACAAGAAAAAGAAGAAGAAGCAUAAGCACAAACACAAGCACAAGCACAAGCAUGACAGCAAGGACAAGGACAAGGACAAGGACAGGGACGGCCAUGGUGCUACCAACAGCCCGGCCAGCGGUCGCUCCCUGCGCUCCCCUUCCCUCUCCGACUAGACGGAGCUGGGGCAGUGCCAUGCAGCGCAGGGUCUGCUAGUCUCUGCUGGUCUGUCCGUGAACACCUCAGCCAAUCACUGGCCACCUUCUCGGUGCCCUCUGGGAACUGCAUUCCCAUUGCCCUCCUGGAAAUGGUUUCUAAGUGCCCUCUGGCAAACCCAUUCAGACUGUUUCUUGGUGCCGUCUGGGAAAUGUGUUCUAAUAGCCGGUUUCUCAGUGCCCUCUAGGAAAUGUAUUCUUAGUUCCCUCUAAGACACACCUUCUGCAGUCAAGGUGAAAAACCUGUUCUCUCUAAUGUCCCCAUCAGCCUCUCAGAAAUGGUCUUCUUCUGCCAGGACUCCCCGCUUUUGUAGGGUGACUGCAACCCUCCAUCAUGCUUACUACUUGAACCACUAAUGUUCAUCUUGGAACCCCAUUUCAUAUAAGUGACAGCUCUUCACAUUUCUUCUUUGGUUGAAUCCAAACUGUUUUUUUUUUUUUUUUAACUUUUGAAGAUGCUGCCCCCUGUGUUUUGGAACUGUAGAAACUGAAGGAAUGGUGAGCUUUACUUAUUUAGAAAUGUUUCCUCUGUGCUUUAGGCGAACACACAUCACCAUCAGAAGCCCUAAUCUGUCACCCACAUCAUUCAUUAAAAUGUCCAUGUGCUACAUACAUUUAUUUUAUUUGUGGUUUUAAAUUUGCAAACAUAAUGGACUUAAUUGCAAAUGGUGCAUUCAGUAUGUGUUUUACAUUCAAGGCUUGAAACAAGGAAUAUAUUGCUUUCCCUAGCUCUUCUUCUUUUCAAGAUAAUUCCAAAAAGAAUCUGGGUCACAUCCUGUCCUGAUUUCCAUAAUCCAUGAACUCACUGUAUAAUUUACACCUCAGCCACAUUGUGUUCCAUGGAUUUUUUUAUUCUGUGAGCUUCCAACCAUGCAUGGUUUUACUGUCUUGUAAGUAUUUUUUUCUGUUUCCUUAAUGUGUUCUUUUAGUGUUUCUAGCUGAUUCGAUCGGUUGCUGUUAUCCCUUUAUUGUGUAGGGCACUUUUUUGACCUCCUCUUUGUAUUUUCUAUUAUAUUGUAGUCAUAAAAUAACAUAAAAGAUCCUC